CCCUUGUCUUGGUAAUUCUGCGUGAUCUCAGUGGCUCAAAACAGGUCUUCGAAAUAUGACGAAUAACGAAUACCGAAAAAAACGAAAAUCUGUUGACUUUAAGAUCUAGCUUUCAACAUUGGGUCAUUGCCUUUUUUCUUCUCUUCAUCUAUUCAAUUGUUACUAUUCAACCGAAAUAGGAUAUUGUAACUUCAUCAGCUCUCAAUUGCCGCUAAAUCUUCUCAAAACCUCUCUUCCUGUUCGUGCUAUCAAAGCUUUUACGAGCUCUCGACUUGCCACGUGCUCUACCUCUCGAAAAAGGUAUACAGAAAUAGACAGAAAUAGCUUGCGAGACCAUAGCACAAUUAGGGAAAGUCAGAACGCAACCCCGCGAUUCCUCCCGAUUGGACUGUGGCUCUCGGCCUUGGUCGGUGGCACCGCAUCAAGUGCGCCAUUGUCUUAGAAUUUUUUUCUUUUUUUCCCUGUGACGCUGCAGGAUCGAAAAUUUUAAGUAACCCAGAGGAAAUCCAGCACCGCCUGGUCUCUCUUUUCCUCUAGUCAUUAUGGGCGACAUGGCGAACGAGAUCAAACUGCUCUCGGGCAAUAGCCAUCCGAGUCUGGCCAAAGCCGUGGCCGAUCGGCUCGGCAUUGAGAUCGCAAAGACUAUGAGUCUGAAUUAUUCAAACCAAGAAACCAGUGUAACGGUCGGCGAAUCAGUCAGAGAUGAGGAUGUCUUCAUAUUACAAUCCACCGCCCCGGGCGACAUUAACGAUGGCUUAAUGGAGCUUCUGAUUAUGAUCCACGCCUGUCGUACGGCAUCCGCGCGGCGCAUCACCGCUGUCAUACCCAAUUUCCCAUACGCGCGCCAGGACAAGAAAGACAAGAGUCGUGCGCCCAUCUCCGCGAAGCUGAUCGCGAACAUGUUGCAAACGGCCGGCUGCAACCACGUCAUUACCAUGGAUCUCCACGCCUCGCAAAUACAGGGCUUCUUCAACGUCCCCGUGGACAACCUGUACGCCGAGCCGAGUGUCCUACGCUGGAUCCGCGAGAAUCUGGCUGGUCAGGAGACCGUCAUCGUGAGCCCGGACGCCGGUGGUGCAAAGAGGGCUACAUCUAUUGCGGAUCGUCUAGACCGCGGUUUUGCGCUCAUCCACAAGGAGCGCCCCCGACCUAACGUCGUAGGCAGGAUGGUGCUAGUCGGUGAUGUGGUAGACAAGGUCGCCAUUCUGGUCGACGAUAUGGCAGAUACUUGCGGCACCCUAGCUAAGGCAGCAGCCACAGUCAAGGACCACGGCGCGCGCGAGGUCAUCGCCGUCGUCACCCACGGCAUUCUAAGUGGAGACGCUAUCACCACUCUGAACAAUAGUUGCUUGAGCCAAAUUGUUGUUACCAACACCGUACCCCUGGGCGACAAGGUCCAGCGGUGCAAGAAGCUAAGAGUGAUCGACGUGAGCCCCACGAUAGCCGAAGCUAUCCGACGAACUCACAACGGCGAGAGCGUGAGUUUCUUAUUCACCCACGCUCCGGUCUAAUAUGUCGUGUGUUACAUGUUCACUGCAUAUGUACACCACCAACACGCACACGCACAAGCAUAUCAGGGGAAGAGAAUAAACAUCGUCGGUAACGAUGCGAAACUGAAACUGAAGAUUGCCGCUACGUUUCACUAGAGGUGGCUUCUUCGUUUUCUUUUGGUUCUGUUCUUCUUCUAUUACUUUGGGAGGGAGUUUUGAGAGAAAUUUGCAUUUGGGAAAUCAUGGAACGCGAAUAGCCAAAGACGGACGAGACGAGACGAGACGGACGGGAAACGUCGUAGAGCAUAACUCGAGGUCAUAUACGUACGGGAGUUUUUUUUUAUUAUGCGACAUAGUAGAACUUGCAUCUGCCUAUGGAUAUACACUUAUGUCAAUACUGCAUAUCAUCAAUUACAGCAUGGGUUAUGGCGAAAUGGAAAACGAGCAUGUUGGUUUACAAGGGAGCAUCAUGUCAUAUAGCAUUAUCACAUUAUCACAUUACGUAUCGAUACGGAACUGCGAAUAUAAAG